AUGGCGCCCACAAGUGGUGGUGGUGGUACGAAGGAUGAAAGUGCCAAACAUGCAUUGGAUAGCAUAGGGAAAAGAGUACAUGCCCAAGUACAAAAUGAAGCUAAACAACGGAGUAAUGGUGAUUUGAAAGGAUUGUUAACCAGUGCAACACUUUCUGGUGGGGAAUCAGCAUUCACCGAAAAUCCAUGCGAGCUUAUAAAAGAAAAACGUGAGAAACUUCUUGGUGCUCGCGGUGAAAGGAAUCCGUGCGGAAAUGGAAGUGCAAGUGAAAAACGUUUUUCUGAAGUAAGUGGCGGUGAAUGUGAUGAUAAGAAAAUAGAAGGUAAUGGUCGUAAUAAUGGUGGAGCCUGUGCUCCAUAUAGAAGGUUAUCUCUAUGUAACAAAAAUUUUCAAAAAAUCAAUAAUUAUGAUAGUAGUAAAGCUAAACAUAAUUUAUUGGUAGAUGUGUGUAUGGCAGCAAAUUACGAGGCACAGUCAUUAAUACCUUAUCAUGACCAAUAUGAUGCAACAUAUCCUGGUUCUGAUUUUUCAAUGUGUACUAUGUUGGCACGAAGUUUCGCAGAUAUAGGAGACAUUAUUCGCGGAAAAGAUCUAUAUCGUGGAAAAAAAAAAAAAAAGCAAAAUGGAAAAGAAACAGAAACAGAAAGAGAUCAAUUAGAAAGUAAGUUGAAAGAAAUUUUCGGGGAUAUAUAUAAUGAGUUGACGAAUGGGAGGAAUGGUGUAAAAGACCACUACCAAGAUACUACAGAUUAUUUUCAAUUAAGAGAAGAUUGGUGGACAGCGAAUAGGCACACCGUGUGGAAAGCCAUCACGUGCGGCACACAUGAGGGUGAUACAUAUUUUAGGCCAACAUGUAGUAAUAGACAAGGUCCAUCUCAAGCUCAUCACUACUGCCGGUGUAACGGCGACAAGCCAGAUGACGACAAGCCAAAUACCGAUCCCCCAACCUAUUUCGAUUAUGUGCCACAAUAUUUGAGAUGGUUCGAGGAAUGGGCCGAAGACUUUUGUAGAAAAAAGAAAAAAUAUGUUGAUAUAGUUAAAAAAUAUUGUCGUGGAGUCUACAAUGAUGUACCAAGAUAUUGUAGUCGUAAUGGCUACGAUUGCGAACAAACUAUAUAUAAAAAAGGUUACUUUGUUAUAGAUAAAGGUUGCAUUAACUGCUUGUAUGCAUGUAAUCCUUACGUUGAGUGGAUAGAAAAACAAAAAGAACAAUUUGACAAACAGAAAAAAAAAUACACGGACGAAAUAAACGAAGCAUCACGUAGUAGUAGGAGACAAAAACGGGGUGCACGUAGUACUGGUAGUAGUAGUAAUUAUGAUGGAUAUGAAAGUAAAUUUUAUAAUAUACUGAAAGACGACUAUGGAACCGUUGAUGAUUUUUUAAAAUUAUUAAAUAAAGAAAAAUCAUGCCAAGCUGUUAAAGACAAUGACGGAGGAACAAUUAAUUUUACUGAAAAAAAUGAUGAUAAAAAUAAUAAUAAUAAAGAUAAAGGAACCUUUUAUCGAUCGGAAUAUUGCCAAGUAUGUCCCGACUGUGGGGUCAAAUAUAAUGGUAGUGGAUGGGAAGAGAAAAAGAAAAAUGAUCAAUGCAAUAUAAAACUUUAUAAGCCUAAAAAGGACGCACCCCAUACUCCUAUUAAAAUCCUUAAAAGUGGUGAAGGAAAAGAAGAAAUAGAAAAAAAAUUAGAGGCGUUUUGUGAUAAAAAAGAUGGUGGUAAUAGUGAUUCUUCUUUGUAUGAUCCAUGGCAAUGUUAUCAAUUUGACCAGCUUGAGAAAGAUGAAAAAGAAGAGGGUGUGGAUGACCGAAACUAUGACAACGAUGUAAGAACUGGAGGCGGAUUAUGUAUAUUGCCAAACCAAAAAAAAAAUAAAGAAGAAGGUGCAAAUACGUCUGAAAAGGACCAUGAUGAAAUCCAAAAGACAUUCAAUCCUUUUUUUUACUAUUGGGUGGCACAUAUGUUAAAAGAUUCCAUACAUUGGAAAAAAAAACUUGAGAAAUGUUUACAAAAUGGUACGAAAACAAGAUGUAGAAACAAUGAGAAAUGUAAUAAAGAAUGUGAAUGCUUCCAAAGAUGGGUUGAAAAAAAAAAAACCGAAUGGGGGAAAAUAAAAGACCAUUUUAAAACGCAAAAUAUUGGAGAUGAAACAAAUUGUGAUCCUAUCGUAACUCUUGAAGGUGUUUUGAAAUUACAAUUUUUGAAUGAAGAUUCCACACAAGAUAAACAAAAUAGUCUGGAUUCAGAGGAACUAAAACACCUAAAACACCUUAGCGAAAUGUUGCAAGAAACAUCUGGUGAUGGUCUUACCUGUGGUGCCUCCGACAAUGAAAAAGAAACUUUAAUGGAUAAAUUGAUCGAACAUGAAGAAGGAAUUGCCAAAGAAUGCCUACGAAAACAGAAUGAAUGCGAAAAAAAAGCAAAACCCGAAGGUCGCUCCGACUCCCACGACGACCCACAACCACCUGAUGACGCCGACAACGAAGACGACUUGGACGACGAAGACGACGAAGACGAAGAAGAGGAAGUCCAGGUGGAGGAUAACACACAAGAGGAGGGGGAGCAGCCGGUGGUACCACAACAAGAGGAGGGGUCGUCGUCACCAACACCAGCACCAGCGGGACCAGACGUUUGCGACAUCGUAUCCCAACUAUUCAGUGACCCAAGCCAAUUUAGUGACGCUUGUACCCUCAAAUAUGUUACUGGUAAAAACUACGGCUGGAAAUGUAUACCAAGUGGUAACACGAGUGACACCACUGGCAGUGAGAGUGAAGCCACUGGUGCUCGUCAACGACGUGACACCGAUAGUAGUGGUGACACCACUGGUGGUAAAGACGGAGCCACUGGUGGUUUGUGUAUCCCACCAAGGAGACGACGAUUAUAUGUUGGGGGGUUAUCACAAUGGGCAAGUCAGAGAACACAAGGUGAAACGUCGUCACAAAGUGGUGAAAACUUACUUGAAGCGUUCAUCCAGUCUGCUGCAAUAGAAACUUUUUUUUUAUGGCAUAAGUAUAAAGCGGAAAACACGAAGACACAAGGUGUUGGAGCGGGAGGAGCGGACUUCCUCCCCGCCACAUCAUCAGUUGCAACUGCACUAGCACCAGGUGCAGUACCAUCACGACCAUCACUACAACUACUGAGCGGUGUAGGUGUACCUGGAGAACCUGGAAUGGCACCUGGAGUAAAAUCAAUACCAGUACCACCACUCGGUGUAGGUGUUGGUGGAAUACCUGGAGUUGGAGCACUAGGUGGAGGUGCACUAGGACCUGGAGGACCAGUUGGCCUCGAUGGAGUACCCGGUCAAGCACAACCACUUACAUUACUACGACCCGGUGUACUUGGCAAUGGAUUACAAUCACCACAAUCACGACUACGAACCCUGGACGGUCACUUUGCAGGUGGUGAAAGUGAGGAUAAAACCCCUCAACAGUGGUUACAACAAGGUCAUAUACCCCCCGAUUUUUUGAGACUUAUGUUUUAUACUUUAGCAGAUUAUAGAGAUAUAUGCAUAGGUGGUGACCGCGAUAUCGUGGGAGACACUAUUGUUAGUAACACAGAGGGUAGUAGUAGCUCUAAAAUAAAAAUAUCGGAGAAAAUAAAAGAAAUUUUAAAUCAUGACAACAAACAAGAACCUGCCCCCAAACCUAGUGUCGAAAAAACCACACCAACAGAAUGGUGGAGUCAAAACGGUCAACAUAUCUGGAAUGGAAUGAUAUGUGCCUUAACCUAUACAGAUAGUGGUGGUAGUAUAACGGAGGAUAAGGAUGUGCGAGACAAACUUAUUGACAAAGACACCGGGAAACCCCAAAAAAACGGCGACAACGACUACACCUAUGAAAAGGUGGAACUUAAAGAUGAUGAAAGUGGCCCCAAAGGCAACGACACCAUCCAACCCGCCACGUUAAAAGAUUUUGUGGAAAUACCUACAUAUUUUCGUUGGUUACAUGAGUGGGGAAGCGACUUUUGUGGUAAAAGGGCGCGGAUGUUGAAAGAUGUGAAGGAUAAUUGUCGUAAUAUUGACAAAGCAGGUCACCAUUAUUGUAGUGGGGAUGGUUAUGACUGUACACGAGACGUUAUUGAACGUAAUGAUAAAUUUGUGGAUUUAAAUUGUUUAGGUUGUUAUAAACAAUGUAGAAAAUAUAAAAAAUGGAUAGAUAUAAAAUUCGUAGAAUAUCAUAACCAAGAAAAGAAAUAUAAAGAUGAAUAUGGAAAAUUAACAAAAGAUAAAUCUAGUGAUGAUAAAAAAUUAGAAGGUUAUAAAUGUGCUGAAAAUUUUUUGAAAGAAUUGAAACAUUGCAAACCUAGUGAAGAUAAUAAUGAUCAAGAUAAUAAAAUAAAUUUUGAUAAACCUGAAAAGACAUUUAAUCCUUCAAAGUAUUGUAAAGCGUGUCCUGUUUAUGGUGUUAAGUAUAUAGGGGGAAAUUAUAUCCCUAAUGAGGAAAAGGAUUAUAAGUCCAAAAAAGGUAGAGUAAAAAAGGAAAACGAUACGAUUCCUAAGAAUAUUGAAGUGCUCGUGUUAGGUCGCAAAGGAGAAGAAAAGGACAAGGAUAAGCAUCUUCAUGAUGCUUGUAAGAAUACAGGUCUUUUUGAGGUUGCCAGAUAUGAACAAUGGAAUUGCCAAAAGAAGAAGGGAAUAGAUCAGUGUAAAAUAACAAAAUUUGCGAAUGAUAUAGAUUUUGAUAAAGAUAUUGUGUUUAAUGAAUUCUUUCAACGAUGGUUAAGAUAUUUUGUACAAGAUUAUAAUAAAUUGAAAGACAAGAUUAAUCCAUGUACAAAAAAGGAAACUGAAAAGGAAAAGGAAAAAUCAUAUAAAUGUACUCAAGGGUGUAAUGAUAAAUGUGAAUGUGUGAAAGAAUGGUUAAGUAAAAAGAAACAAGAAUGGACUCAAAUAAAAACUCUUUAUAAACAAUAUUCAAAAAUUUCUGAUCAGGAGAUUGCUUUUAGGGUUAAAAGUUAUUUUGUUGAUCAGGGACUCUUUGACAACGAUUAUAAGAAAGCCCAAGAAGUGGUUGAAAAACCAUGUGACAAAGAAAAAUUAUGGGGAUGUACUGGUGACAAUCUUAAGGAGGGUGAGGAUCCAGGAAAAUGUCAUAUGGGCGAUUUUAUAACAAAUUUAAUUUCUAAACUUCAAAAAAAAAUUGACGACUGCAAUAAGAACCAGGCCCAAAAUAGUGUCGAAACCCAACCGAGUGAUGAAAACACAGCACAGUGUCAAGAUACCCACCCUGAUGAUGAAGAGGACUUACUCCUUGAAGAAAAUGAAAACCAAGUGGCGCAACCGAACAUUUGUCCAAAUCAAGUGGAAGAUAAAAAAAUAGAGGAAGAAGUAGAAAAGUGUGAAACAGCACAAACAACAGCAGAAGAAACGGCAGCAGCAGGUGGUGAGAGACAAACCCCCCCAGCACCGGCCCCUGCGGCGCCUCCAUCACCACCAAGACCUCUACCAAAACCAAAACCACCAAAACCCGACUUACCACCCGCAUUAAAAAAUGCCAUGUUAUCUUCGACGAUCAUGUGGAGUGUGGGUAUUGGUUUUGCUGCGUUCACAUAUUUUUUUCUAAAGAAAAAAACCAAAGCAUCUGUUGGAAAUUUAUUCCAAAUACUACAAAUACCCAAAGGUGAUUAUGAUAUACCUACAUUGAAAUCAAGCAAUCGUUAUAUCCCCUAUGCAAGUGAUCGAUAUAAAGGAAAAACAUAUAUUUAUAUGGAAGGAGAUAGUAGUGGUGAUGAAAAAUAUGCAUUUAUGUCUGAUACUACUGAUGUAACUUCCUCAGAAAGUGAGUAUGAAGAACUGGAUGUUAAUGAUAUAUAUGUACCAGGUAGUCCUAAAUAUAAAACGUUGAUAGAAGUGGUACUUGAACCUAGUGGUAACAACACACCAACUAGUGACAUACCUAGUGAUAAUACACCCACACCACAACCCAUUACUGAUGAUGAAUGGAAUCAAUUGAAACAUGAUUUUAUAUCUAAUAUGUUACAAAAUACACAAAAUACGGAACCAAAUAUUUUACAUGAUAAUGUGGAUAAUAAUACCCAUCCUACCAUGUCACGUCAUAAUAUGGACCAAAAACCUUUUAUUAUGUCCAUACAUGAUAGAAAUUUAUUUAGUGGAGAAGAAUACAAUUAUGAUAUGUUUAAUAGUGGGAAUAAUCCAAUAAACAUUAGUGAUUCAACAAAUAGUAUGGAUAGUCUAACAAGUAACAACCAUAGUCCAUAUAAUGAUAAAAAUGAUUUAUAUAGUGGUAUCGACCUAAUCAACGACGCACUAAGUGGUAAUCAUAUUGAUAUAUAUGAUGAAAUGCUCAAACGAAAAGAAAAUGAAUUAUUCGGGACGCAACAUCAUCCAAAAAAUAUAACGUCUAACCGUGUCGUUACCCAAACAAGUAGUGACGACCCCAUCCACAACCAACUAAAUUUGUUCCAUACAUGGUUAGAUAGACAUAGAGACAUGUGCGAAAAGUUGAAAAAUGAUAAUGAGCGGUUAGCCAAAUUAAAAGAAGAGUGGGAAAAUGAGACACAUAGUGGUGACAUAAAUAGUGGUAUACCUAGUGGUAACCAUGUGUUGAAUACUGAUGUUUCCAUACAAAUACAUAUGGAUAAUCCUAAACCUAUAAAUGAAUUUACUAAUAUGGAUACAAGCCCCGACAAAUCUACUAUGGAUACAAUAAUUGAUGAUCUGGAAAAAUAUAACGAACCCUACUACUAUGAUUUUUAUGAAUAUGAUAUCUAUUAUGAUGUAAAUGAUGAUGAUAAAACAUCUAUGGACAACAACAAUAACCUUGUAAAUAAGAAUAACCCUGUAGAUAGUAACAGUUCCACCUAUAACCACCACAACCCUGCAGACAUUAACAAAACUUUUGUGGAUAUAAACAAUCAUAACCAACACCCUAUAGAAAAACCUACCAAAAUACAAAUUGAAAUGAAUUCAAAUAAUCGCGAAGUGGACGAACAGCAAUAUCCUAUAGCGGAUAUAUGGAAUAUAUGA